CACCACCCCCGUCUUUCAAUACAUACGCUCCCUGUCCUGCUCUCACGCCACAAUCUCUGCUCUACUAUCCGCCACACUCACGUCCAAUCCGUCUGCACACCGUCGACAUAGUUAGCAAGGCUCCCCCGUUCCUUGGCUGGGUCCAGUAGACUGCGCUCCAAUCACAGCGCCGCUCCCAAGACGAACAUACGUCACGUCCCGAUACCCGGAUUCUCUGACGACGUUGAAAGAUGGCAGCCCUGGCUUUCAAGGCUCUGAGCUACGGCGCAGAGCAGAUCCCCGACAAGUUCUUCGAAAAGAUACCCGGCGGCUUCUUCACCCCCCAGGAACAAAAGGAAAUCGAACGGGAACGCAAACAGCGCAAGAAAGACGGCAGGACACGCCACAGGAGCGAAGACCAGUACAGCAAGCGCAGUUCGCGAAGAGCCCCCAGCCCAGCGACGCAGUAUUCAGCUGCUUCGGACGACUCCGACUACGAGCGCGAACGCGAGCGGAGGAAAAGAGAGCGACGGCGAGCAAAGAGCACGGGAAGGACAUCUAGCAGAAGUCCAAGCCGCGGCCGGCAUCGCAGACACAGCAGCGACCUUGACGGUCAGCACAGCGACUCGAGAGAAACAAUGGCGCAGCAUGAGCCGAGACAGCCCUACUUCCCCCCUCCACCCACUUCCGAGUACAAGCCCUACAACCCCCAGGAGUAUAACCCUGGUCCAGCACCCGGCCACCAACACCGGUCGUCUGCAGCCCCCUCGUACGGAUAUGCGCCUCAGGCAGCACCUUCUCCGCCCAGCGCUGUCAAUGUAGACUACGGGCAGUAUGAUGCCCCCAGAGGCCACUCUCGGUACACACCUAGUCCUGUGUAUAAUGCUGCAGCACCUCCAUCUGGCGCAGAUGGGUCCAUUCCUCCCCCGCCAGUAGGCUCCAACUCGCCCCUGAAUCCCUAUCAUUAUACCGAUUUCCCUGCCAGCGGCGCCGGCUACCAGCCAUCUCCGCCGCCAUUCAGUCGUCGACGAUCCAACUCUCAGCCUAGCGGGCCUUAUUCAACCUACGCCGCUCCUCCUGCACGCGAGGAAAUGAUGCAAUACGCUCCGCCUCCGGUAGACGCCUACCGCGGGCAUAGGCAGCGCCACCAAAAUCGGGCCAGGUCUGCAGACUCCCACUCACACCGCUCCCGUUCUGGCAAAGACCAUGGUCGAGAUGAUUCGCGCAUGGCUAAAGUGCGUGGCAGAUUCGACAGUAUGGAUCUUCGCGAGAAGGGCUUGGCGGCGUCGGUGGGAGGUGCGUUGGCGGGUGGUUUUGCGGGCAGGUCCUUGGGUAAAAGUAGACUGACGACGCUGGCAGGAGCAGCAGCGGGUGCUUGGGGGGCUCGGCAACUGGCGACACGGUCAAGAAGCCGAAGCGAUCGCCGCUCCACGUCCCGCUCCCGUUCCCGAUCGCGAGCUCACACGCAGGAUCGGGAACACAGCAAAGGCCCUGGUCUCCGCGCUAGAAGCCGCAGUGUUAUUGACCGCUUCCGCUCCAAAUCGCGUGGUGGCGAAGAGCGUGACUUGCGACGAGACGAUCGCAGGAAUAAUACUAGGUGCGAUCGCCGUCCUGAUCAUGGAUAUGACUAUGGUCGCGAUGAAGACGAGUACGACUACUUUAGCAGCAGCUCCGAGGGCAAUGGCUCGCCUGUGAAGACGAGGCGUCGCAGGAACUACUAGGGUCCCGGCCGACACAAGGGUGCGAAGGUAGUCGAGUGCACAAGUGUAUUACUAUAUCUCUUUCUCUCUUUUUUUUUACACACCUGUCCUCUAUCUUGUUUGUUGGUCUUUGCUUUCCAUUGUGCUGUUUGAAAGCGUUUGGGUAUGGAUCUACAACAGAGAAGAGGGCCUUGAUGACUUAUGAUAGACG